ACCACCUGUCGGCCAUCACCCUCCCCCCACCCACAUUACCCACUACCAUGACCCACAUCAACCCACUCUCGACAGCAGGACUCCUCGCCCCCUCAGAAGCCAACAUCAUGGGUCAGGUCCCUCUCGGCCUGCCGCUCCCCGACCCUCGUCCGUCCUCGGUCGAAUUCUCCCCAGUUGAUCUUGGAGGCGCUGAUAAGAGAGGCGCUAGUAGUCUACGUCGACCCAAGACCAAAUAUGUGGUCCAGUCGACGCCCUACGGUCCCACCCAGAUGUUUCCCUCCUCGCCGCUACCCAGCCCCCCCCAGAGAACAGCCGCGGGGUUGUCUCAGUUCCCCUCCUCGCCGCUACCGACUCACAUUCCACGCAUCUCACCACCCUAUUCAUCCGGUAGUGGAAAUCUGAUACCCCAUACCACCGAACAGAUACCCAUGACCAGUGUUUCGUCUCCAGUGCCCGGUCUGCCCUUCGGAGCGACGCCUCUGGAUGCGGGGUUGAGUAACGUCAGUCUCCAGGCCGAGAAAUCCAGUGCCGCCUUCCUGACCCCGACUCCAACGCCCCCUGGGAUGUUGUACGCGCCCCCGGACCAGGCGGCUGUGAUUCCUCCGUCUUUUGAGAAUAUGGCCAAUAAUACCGCCGUGCUGGGCAAUGUUUACCACCCCGUCAUCCACCACUGGUUUUAUGGCGUCGGUCGACCUCAAGUCUGGAAGCCGUUCAGUUUCGCGGAUUCUUUUCAACUGGAGGAAAUGUAUUUGCAAGGCAGCAGCGACGUGGUACCAACAGAGGGCGGCAGAUACGAUGUGUCCGUCAAGGAGCGACUACGCAGGGCUGUGUACUGGGAACAAGACCACCCCAGCCCCAUACGCCGGUGCAGCUGGUUCAAGAAGGGACCUCUCGACGCCCAGCCACUGCCCUAUGACGAGGAGGUGUCGGAGAAAUUGGAGAGUGAGUUCGAAACGCGUUGUGACCGGACACUGGCAUCGGCAAAUCGACAUCAAGGGCGGCGAUCGGAUAAUGAUUCAUUCGUCUCGAGCCAUGAUCCACUACGUCAGUGUCGGCGAGGAGGGGGAAUAUUCUACAGGGGUGUCUGUUAAUGGAUCUCAAACGCCUCUGACAGUAAAGCGCGGGACCGAAGAUUUCGAGAUAGAAGACGGAGAAGCGGAGAAAGUCGACCAUCUGUUGUUUUUGGUUCACGGCAUAGGGUCAGUGUGUGACCUGCGCUUCAGAGCCGUCGAAGAGUGCGUCGACGAUUUCCGCAAGCUCGGCCAGCAGCUGUUGUCGAGUCACUUCAAGCAGUCGGUCGACAUGGGGCUAGUCGGCCGAGUGGAAAUUCUCCCAAUAUCCUGGCAUAAGGCUCUCCACGGCGAUGCUACUGGUAUCGACGAGAAGCUCAAGCCAAUCACCCUGCGGUCGAUACCCAAACUACGGGAAUUCACCAACGACACCAUCCUGGACGUGCUUCUCUUCAACAGCCCCAUCUACUGUCAGCAUAUCAUGGAUACCGUAGUGUCGGAACUGAAUCGCCUUCACGCCCUGUUCUGCACCCGUAACCCCUCGUUCAAUGGCCUGGUUUCCCUAGGAGGUCACUCGUUAGGUUCGGUCAUCCUCUUUGACCUGCUCAUGCACCAGUCGCAAGAGCACGAGGAUUCUGUCGAUAGUUCGCUGUCAUCCCCGAAGGACGACCACGACAACUGCUUGAGAGGUCGGGUCAAUUCCAUAACGUCCCCGGUAAAUUACGUGAUGGGGGCCGCGGGGACGGGUCAGCCUUCGGUCAUUUACCCCAAAGUUAAUUUCAACCCCGAAGCGUUUUUUCUCAUGGGGUCUCCGAUUGCUAUGUUCAUCACGGUGCGAGGAAUCGACACACUAAGCUCAGACUUCCACCUCCCCACGUGCAAGAGGGUGUUCAAUAUCUUCCACCCGUUCGAUCCCGUCGCUUAUAGACUCGAGACGCUUAUUGACCCUAGUCUUACGAGCGUCCGGCCGGUCCUUAUCCCCCACCACAAGGGCAGGAAGAGAAUGCAUUUGGAGUUGAAAGAGACGAUCGAAAGAGUCGGCACAGAGUUCAAACAAAAGAUCGUGGACUCGAUUCAGAGCACGUGGAACCGUCUCUAUGAGCUCUAUAGUGGCAGCUCGACAUCACCGAGUCUCGAGGCGCAGGUCGAUGAGGCGUUGGCGGAUCAACUGUACUUGGAGGACGAGGAAGCUCACAGUGCCAGCGGCGGGGAGUUGAGGAUCCCAGUAGGGCGUCUGAACGAAGGCCGGAGGAUCGAUUACGUCCUCCAGGAGAAACCUUACGAGAGUUUCAACGAGUACAUCUUCGCCCUCCAGGCUCACGUCACAUACUGGGAGUCAGAGGACACUAUGCUCCUCAUCCUGAAGGAACUCUACGGCCCACAAGAAAUAUUCACCGACACCCAGAUCAAUCACCAUCAAUCACCGGCCGUCAGUCAGGCGGUGUUUGACGGUGAUUCUGCCUUGGGGUCGGGGUCUGCCAGCCCCUCCAGUCCCGGGGCCAGACCUGUAGGGUCCGGAGCUGCGGCCCCAGACCCCGGCGACCCGGUGCCUCUACUCGCUCCCACAUCCCCCGGGGCGACUUCCCCCACGUUGACGAUGCCCUUCAAUGCGAUGCCGCCCGCCACGUCACACGAAGGACCGAGGAUAAUCAGCGGACGGCCCGUGGUGGACGUCAAUUCGCGACAGUCCCUCGGCAUGGACCCCACAGUCAGACCGAUCAACAAACCCCAUGUCGGACCGCCUCCCAAGCUCCCAGGAGGAAGUUUCGUCAGGUCAACGCCUUUCAGAAGAUGAAUUGGCGCUCUAACGACUGUAAUGUGAUUUAGAAUUCUCGACUCGUCCAUCAUACCGCGAGUCUUGGCAGUGGCGUCGUCGCAUCACAAACAAACAUUAAUUAUAGUUUUGUUUUAUAUGGAGUUGUGUUUAUUUAUGAUUCAAACAGAGAUUAAGUGUUCUGUUAGAUCACAUGAAGAUUAAACACCCUAGUUUAUUUCACCUGAUGAUAAAACACCCUAACCUAACCAUACAUUACCUUAACUACCCUAACCUAACCACCAUCCAGUUUAAUCACCAGGUUAAAUAAACUACCGGGGUAUAAUCUUCAGGUAAAUCCAACAAAUUAAUCAGAAUUUGAUAGAAUUUGUCGAACUGUAUAUUGUAUCGUACAUAUCUCCCCCAGGUCCAAUAUAUCCAGUUAUAUUAUACCUGUUAUGACGUACCUUAACAAGUAUAUAAUUCACCUAUAAUAUAUAUAACAAAAAGAGUAUGACUACAAUGAGUUUAUUUUUGUAUACAACUUUCUGGUAUGGUUAGGUUUGGUUAAUUAGUUAUAUUUACUUAUGGUUAUAUAUCUACCAAUUUGCUAUAUGGUUAGGUUCGGUGAAUUAGUUAGGUAUAUCAUUUAUUAUCUUUCGUAGUUUGUUAGAUUCCAUGACAUUAUAUAAGAUUUUUUUUUUUAUUUAUAAUUUAAAAAUAGAUUUGGUUAGGUUAGGUUAAUGUAGAUUUAACUUAAUUGUAGUGAAGAUGUGAGGUGAUAUCAUGUCGUUUUUUGGUCAGUGAAGUGAGGUAAGAUGAGGUGAGUCCUGUCAUAGUAUAAAAUUAGGUCAGGUUAGGUUAGUUUAGGCGAGAUAGGUUAGGUUGAAAGAACUGUCACUUAACAAUCACCAUAAAUGUCAUAAUUGGUCAUUAUAAAUACCAUAUAUGUUAA